UAGUUUAUAUAUUUUUGUUGUUGUUUUGGCCUAUAUGCGUGUAAUGCAGUAAACAGUUCAGCUUUCUUUGAAAUCACGGGACACAUUUCCUCCUCGCUUGUUUGGGCGGGUCUACUGUAAAAACAAAAAACUAUACAACAGGAAGAAGAACCCAGUCUGCGCUCUGCUGUCAUGGUCGCUUUAACAUCAGCGCCAUUCGUGGCUUUGUUCGCUUGUUCAUGGAUCUUUGUUCUGUGUCAAGAGACACCGGAGCUGAAGGUGAAGCCUGGAGAGGACGCCACUCUUCAGUGUCAGAGUCACAGAGGUGCUGACAUAGACCUGAUAAAGUGGAUCAGAACUGACCUGAAGUCAGAUGAUUAUGUCUUCUUCUUCAAAGAAGGCCGCUCAUAUGAAAACAACCAACAUGAAUCUUUUCGUGGUCGAGUGGAGCUGAGAGAUCCAGAGAUGAAGAACGGAGACGCUUCUGUGAUUCUGAAGAACGUCAACAUCAACGACGCUGGAACAUAUGAGUGUUGGAUUAGAGAGAAAGACAGUUCAGGCAAAGUUGAUGUCGUCAGCUCCAUCGGUCUGACAGUGACAGAUUCAGGUCACACAGCUGGACACAAGGAGGGAGGAGACAAGGAGGGAGGAGACAAGGAGGGAGGAGGCAAGGAGAGAAAUGUUGGACUGAAAGCCGGUCUGUCAGUUGGUGGGAUUCUUCUUGUUGGUGUUGUUGUUUUUAGAAAGAAGAUCUUAACAAAAUGUAGAGAAUGCAAAGACAAUAACUCAGACCAACCUGCUGCUCCUGAAAAUGAGCCGAUGCAGGAAGCAGAGCCAGCAGAUGUGAAUUAGUGAGUAAAUGUGCCUCAUGUGUCUCCCAUGAAAUAAAUCCAGAAGUAUCUAAAAGCUGGAGGUAGAUGUGACUGACUGUAGCUGGAUCAUCAGCUGUGACUGUUUUCCAGCUGCAGUCAGAUCAUCAACAUGUUUUUAAAUGAUUUCAAGUCUUUUUAUGAAGGCUGUUGUAGAGACGUGUGAUGAAGAGAGGAUCCAGACUGAAGUCACUCUGGUUACUGUGGGGAGCAGUGAUUGGUCGUUACUCUCUGGCUGCUGAUUGGUGGACUGAACGUGCUGCUGGACAGAAGAAACACAUUCCUCCUGUAAAAUAAACCUGAGCUGUUGACACACGUCUGAUUUCACCUGGAGGCAGGUUAAUGCCAGAUGGGCUGACUGACCAGCAGCUCUGUGGGACAAACAAUAUGACCUGAUGCUGGAACAGCCAGCUGAUUGUUAAUUACAGGAAGUGGUACAGACCGUCGGCACCUCCCCCCACCCCUUCAAGUGGAUCCAUCCAUCCAGGUAGAGUCAGAGGUCAAAUCAAAUUAAACGGGUAAAAGACCAAAAAAGUGAAAAGUUCAGAGAGAAAAAGAAUCAUAAUCUCAGGUCUGAAGCUGCAAAAUGUUUUAAAUCAACAGUUACUGAUGUCAGUGCUGCUCAACAUCCUGCUAGCUGCAGUUAUAACACUAACAGUCUGUUCUGGAUGACGGAGCUGGACUUUGUUCCCAGUCCGACCCUGAAGAGCUCAGUCCCUGUUGUUCACUCACCGACCUGCAUCAGAGGGGAAAAGAUCCUGUUUGGAUUCACUGCAGCUCUGUUUUCCUGCAUGAGGACAUUUUUCAUCGUCUUCUCUGAGAGCUGCUCAGGAACUCUGACUGUGAAAUGUUCUUAGACAACGAUACAGAUAAUGUGGCCUGAAGUGGACUCAUGUUGCUGUGUGGUUUGUGGUGAAAAGCAGAGAUAAAGUCAUCUGUCAUCUGUUUCCUGCCUGUGAAGGUGAGCUGUGUGUGUGUGUGUGUGUGUUGUGUGUGUGUGUUUUCUGGACACUUUGUUGUAACAUCUUCGUGUUAUAUUUUCAUUAACUUUGAGUAUUUGGGAGAGUAAAACAGCACAACGGUCUGGUAAUCCACAUGUUUAUUAUUACAUUGACUUCAGCUGUUGAUGUUUUCUGAUCUGUUAGAAAGAGACUCUGACAGACAGCAGAGUUCACACAGCCACAUAUUCCUUCUUUAACGUUCAGCUGCAGGCUCAGACUCCCAAAACUCAGCUCACCUUUUAUGCAAAGUUUGAGAUGAAAUUAUUAGUCGAUUAACUGAUUACACAAUGUACAGACACAUCUAAUGUGAACUAUUUUGUUUGAUACAUGUAAGUAUUUGCUGCUUUUGGUUGGAAUGAAUUUAAUUUUUGUUAAUAAUUAUAGAGAAUUGGACAAAUCAGCAUUGUGAAGAGGAAAUGUGUGAGGAAAAAUAAUCUGAUGAUAGAAUAUUUAAGAGUACAACAGUCACAGGGACAUUUUACUGCUUAAAUCUGCUUCAAGUAGAUUUUCCUGAUUGUACUCUCAUACUUUUACUUCAGUAACUUCUUAAAUGCAGGACUUUUAUUUGAAGCAGAGUAUUUUUUCAGUUUAAUACUUUUACUUUAGUUUUUAUAUACUAGAUCCACAACUGCUUUUCUCAGUCCUUAACAAAAGGAAAAUAAUGAUCUUGGUUAUUUCUCCUGUAAACAACUUUCUGAUGCUGAACUGAUCUCUGCUGCAGAGACAUGAGGCUGUGAUGUAUCUGUUUCUGGCAGCGUCCACUGUUGGCAGAUAUUUCCAUAAACACAAUAUAAAACUACUGCGUUAAGUAAAAGUUCUGCUGUCAAAAUGUCACUUGAGUCAAAGUACACAAUUAUUAGCUAAUUUUACAUGAUGUUGUCAGUUAAAUCUGUAUCUAUGUGUUGUGUGUAGGUAGGUACAGUUUUAAUCUGCAGAGUAAGUGCAUGUUUUAUAUCACAUAUUUACAAUGAAGGACAUGAUCAGACCUUUUGAACCUGUUGCUCUGAUCUGAGCUGGAAUCAAAAUCAGUUUCCAGGCAGCCGUCCAAAAACAGGAUCAUUGACCUUCUUUAACUGCAACUCUGUAGCUGAAGAAAGAGAAAGUGAAAACUGAUGGCUCUAAAUGUCUGGGCCUGUUUGUAAUCAGAUAAUAAAAUGAGAGGUGUGGAAGCAGCUCUGAGCUCAUUCUUCCUCCAUCCCCCACCUCUCAGUCUGAAUCAGGAUGUUUUCUUAACUUUUGGCAGGUAAAAUCUUGCUAACAUGAGAACAGACUGCUGCUCUUUUAUUCAUCAUGUUUCUGUAUAUUACAGAAUUGAGAGUUCAGUUAUUAGUUUUUACUGUUUCUGUCAGACUGAACUCAGCAAUCAGACUGCAGACUUUAUUUCUAAAGCAUCAUUCAUGCAAAAUACCAAUAGGUGUGUGUUUUGUGUUGAAAAAAGUAAUAAUUACAGUGAUAAGAGUCAUUACAAAGUUAUUAGGCAAGAUAGAAUUAAAAAAAAAAAGUUCAAGACAAUUCAACUUCAACAGGCGGGCGUGUGUGUGCAUGAGGCAGCACUUCACCUCACUCUAACAGGGACACU